GUUUACUAUCCACGUAAGGAAGUGAAGAUCUUGAAAACCGAGACAGCACAGAAAAUUGAGCCUAACACUGCUUUGUGUUUGCGAGCCUUAAAAGAUUGUUUCGACCGCAGUGGCUUACCUCGGGUCUACGGUGAACAGUGGUUAGUAAAAAAGCCUGGAGCCUAUCUACCUGGACCGUAUGAAGAAGUCGUUGAGAAACGAGUGGCCUACAAAUUAACAGAU